AUGUACACGCGCGCGCGGCUCGCCGCUAUGGCUGUGCGGCCGCUGGCGCGAACAUCAACACCUCUGCGGCCUUGCCUCGUGCGCUGCAGCCCGGCUUUGCGCCGCAUCGACCACGGAGCUCUUCGACAAGCAAUCGCUGGACGAGCAUGGGAGAGCACGACAGCGAGGCUUCCACCCGCUGCUGUGGCGCCGACCACCGAAGAUGCACCGGAACAUAAAAUAACAGAGGAGAAAGACACUGGCCACUUUGAGGUCAAGGACAAUGAAGCCAUUCUCUUCUUUGACAACAUCUUUCCACUCAAGAUCAUGAAUCUACUGCGCAGAAAUGAGAGCGACAGCGAGCUGGCAGACUUGAUGCGCCGCUUUGAUAGCUCGAGACUCGGCAUUAUGGAUCCCAUUCGUUUGGUCAAGAUGGCCAUCCCCGAGGAUAUGCCUAUAAAAGUAACAGAAAUCCUACCACGAUUGAAGGAUGGCGGCGCAUUUGUCAAGUUUCGAUACAGCUCUGAACUUGACCCGGCAGACAUUGAAGCAACACUGAAAAAGAGGCUCAAAGAGAAGCCUCUCAAGCCGUGGUUUAACCCUUUUCGAGGAAUUCACGCUCGCUUGGUACGAGGCACGCCGUGGCUCGAGGACCUGCAUCGAUACCCCGGCAGCGUGCUCCGAGUCGAAUUCGUGCCCGCCGAAGUUGGCACGACGCCCGAGACACUCCCGGAGGAGGUCUUGUACAGCGUCUUUCGUCGAUACGGCAAGAUUGCCGACAUUAUUCCGCAGCCUGCAGACUCGAAAGAAGUACCCAAAUACGCCAACGUUGGCUUCCCUCUCCUGCGCGACGCCAUCAUGGCAAGGAAUUGCGCGCACGGAUUUGUCGUCCCCAAAUCGCAAGGCGGCGGAGCGGCUGGAACGAUGCUGCGAAUAUCCUACGUCAAGCGAGUAAAGGGCCACAAUAUCUGGAACUGGAUAACGAGCCACCCGCGCAUUGUGUUCCCGAUCAUCGCCGCUCUCCUCGCUGGCUUUUCCGUCAUCAUUUUCGACCCCAUUCGCCAAUUCUUUAUUCGUCUACACAUUCAACAUUCCUUCAAUUUCAGCGAGUCAAGAUUAUACAAGUGGUUUCAGAGUCACCGGCAGUCAUUCUCCUUUGGACGACGUCGCGAGCAGUGGGAGAACCUGAGCGGCGUGGUAUGGAAUCAUCGCUUGGAUGUCAUCAGCCAGCUGCGGGAGUGGCUCGACGUGACUUCAGACAACUUCAUUAUUGUGACCGGACCAAGAGGUUCUGGUAAAGUUGAAGUCGUCAUGAAGAAAGCCCUUGAAAGCCGUAGAGACGUCGUGCUGAUUGACUGCAAGCCUAUUGUUGAAGCGCGCGGCGAGUCGGCCAUGAUUGGCAGACUUGCUUCCGCCGUCGGGUACCGACCCGUCUUUUCCUGGGCCAACAGCGUAAGCAGCAUGAUAGACCUUGCUGUUCAAGGCACCACUGGUGUCAAGGCUGGCUUCUCCGAGACGCUCGAAUCCCAGCUUACCAAGAUCUUGUACACCACCGCGAGCGCACUGAGGGAUGUGGCCUUGUCCGGAAGAUCAAGCAAGGAAAAAGACGGCACAACCUCGGAGGAUGCUUGGCUCGAGGCUCAUCCAGAGCGACGACCUGUCAUUGUGAUUGACAACUUCCUGCACAAGAGUGAGGAGCAGGGUAUUGUCUAUGACAAAAUUUCGGAGUGGGCAGCCUCAGUGGUUCAAAAUCACGCUGCGCAAGUCAUCAUCUUGACCAGCGAAAACGCCUACUCUAAGCCUCUGACUAGAGCGCUACCCGAUCGCGUCUUCCGUGUCGUCUCUCUGGGGGAUCUGGAUCACGGGGUAGCGAAGAAAUACAUCAUGGGACGUAUUCAGAAUGAUCGUGAAGCUGCGGCAGAGCGAAAAGAAAAGGUCGAAGGAAACGACAAGGCAAAAGGGGCCCCCAACCUUCGUGGCCUCGACACGGCCAUCGAGACACUUGGCGGCCGCCUGGUGGAUCUUGAGUCUCUCGCCCGCCGCAUACAGGCCGGCAUGAGCCCAUCCGACGCGACCGAUGAAAUUGUCACAGAAAGCGCGGUAGACAUUGUCAAAAUGUUCCUCCUAGGCAAGGGUAGCGACGCUGCGGAAAAGAAGUGGUCCACCGCCCAAGUUUGGUAUCUCGUUAAGGGCCUGGCCAAGGACUCGUCGCUCAUCUACAACCAAGUCCUCCUAACACCCACCUUUUCCUCCUCGAUGACCUCGUCCGCCAGCGAUGGCGAGGCCGCAUUAGAGUCUCUCGCCGCGGCGGAGCUCAUCUCCAUUCGCUCUGACCGCGGCCAUCCACGCCUCAUCACGGCCGGCAAGCCUCUGCAGCAGGCCGCGUUUGCGCGCUUGGUCAACGACCGCGUGCUUGUGGCCAAGAUGGACCUUGCGCAGCAUAAUGAGAUGGCUAAUAUUGAGGCCAAGAAGAUUGCCGGCGCCGAGAAUGAGCUGGCGCUGCUCGGCAACCUGCCGCGGCAGACGAGCGAGUCGGCGGGCCGCAUCCAGUAUCUGCUGGUGCAGAUUGAUACCUCGCAACGUAAGAUUGAGGACUUGGAUAAGCAUAUGGCGACGUGUAAGAAGAUUUUGAGCGAAGAAGUCUAG